AUGUCUGAUUUCGAGGAGGCAUUGGGCAUCAAGGAGGUCCGGCCCGAGGGCGACAUUCACGUUUUCAUCCUGAACCACAAGUUGACCAAACCCCAGAAAAACAGUAAAGGUGUUUAUGGAGGCAACUUGGCGGGCCAGGCGCUUCUUGCUGCGAUCAAGACGGCUCCUGAAGGGUUCACGCCGCAUUCGCUCCACUCCCAUUUCGUGAAAAGUGUCAGUGAUCAGCAGAAGGUGAAAUGGACUGUGGAGGAGGUCUCUAAUGGAAAGACGUUCUGCAACCGCAGUGUCAAGGCGUGGCAGGAUAAGCUGAUUAGAUACAUUGCGAAUAUCUCGUUAACCAGGACGAACUCGUUCAAGCAGGCGGAGCGGGAGUAUUACGAUUACGAAGAGAGACAGGAGAAGUUGAAGAAGGAAGCUGCAGCCAGGGGAGAGGAAUACGACCCAGAAAGCGAAGACGCCGAGCCAAUGAAGCUCAAGCCAUACAUCUACCACAAAAUCCCCCAUCAGUUUGUGUCGCUAGAGGACACUAAAUACGAGGACCAUGUGCCUGUGACGGAGCGCAAAAUGUCGUUCUUUGUUCGUUUGGGCGACGGGUCGCUCAAAAUCAAGGACCCUGCUUUCCAGUUUGUCGGACUUGGAGUGUUGCUGGACUCGCUCUUUUUGACCCGCCUUGCGAGAGUGUUGAGAAUUUCUACAGUCAACUUGAACAAGACGGGCCACUAUUUCUCCGUUUCGCUCGACCACGUCAUCUACUUCCACGACUCCGAAUUCGAUUGCACGCAAUGGGUAGCCUUCGGGUUCAAGGCGGUGCGCUUGACCAACAACAGGGUACUUUUAGAGGCUGAGAUGUACAACGAGGCCGGCCAGCAUGUAGCUACCAUCAUUCAGGAAGGCCUUGUUCAUUUCAACGGGCUUGAAAAGCUGGCCCAUCUUUAG